AUGGCUUGCCGACGGCAUCGACUGCUGCUGCUGCUGCCGGAUCGAGUGGUGCCGGCGCUCCGCCGUGGCGUGGGCGCGGCGCCGGCGCGGCACUGUAGCGGCGCGACCACUGCGCCUGGCGCGCCAGUCGGAACCGCAGCCAAGAAGAAGAAGGACAACUAUUCCGACGCGCAGUACGGUCUCAAGCACGGCGGAAGCGAGGAGUCGCACGCGCAGCAGAUGAACGCGAUGGGCUCGGGACGGUACGCGUACCUGAACGACUUUUACAAAGACCUGAACAAGGGUCCCGUCAAGCUCGACUUUGCGGAGAAGCCCAUGUCGGAGAAGGAGCGCCAGGCGGAGGAGGCGCGCGCCGAGGCGGCUGCGAUGAUGAGCCGCGCUAUGGUGGGAGGGGGCGUGCUGGUGCUGGCCUUCUUUGGCACCUGUUGGCAGCUGACCAAGUGGUACUUUGGGAUCAAGAGCGUGUGGGAGUUCAACGAGGUGAUGCAAAAGGUGUCGAACGACGCCAAAGACUCGAUGGUUGGUCGGCAGCUGUCGGAGCUGCGCCACGAGGCAUGA